AACGGCACGGAGGAGCCAGAGUUUACCGUGGAGCUGUGGUUCUCUGAGCGGCGGCGGGAUGCAGAAAGGCCUGAAGAAGUACUUCAUCAACAUGGACGAGUACCUGUCCAGUCUGGGACUCUACCGGAAGAUGGUGGCCCGGGACGCGUCCAGUCUGUUCCGAGCCGUGUCAGAGCAGUUGUAUUACUCUCAGAACUACCAUCAGAAAAUCCGUCAGGACUGCGCCAACUUCAUGAGAACCAAUAGAAGCAACUUUGAACCAUUUGUUGAAGGCUCGUUUGAGAAAUACCUGGAGCGUCUGGAGGACCCCAAGGAGACAGUGGGUCAGGUGGAGAUCAAGGCUCUGUCUCAGCUCUACAGGCGUUGUUUCCUGAUCUAUCGUUACCCAGGGAAACCAGCCACAGUGAUCUCAGAGGACGACUUUGUGGACAAGGUGAUGCUGUGUUGCUCCAUCAACGGUCAUUAUGACAUUGUUUACCUGAGGAGUUACCCCACCUCUGCCGCCCUCUGUCAGUCUCUCCUGUACGAGCUGCUCUACACUCAGGUGUUUGGGGUGGAGGAGGCGGAGCUCUGUCAGGCCAUGGAGACCUUCAGGGUCGGAGGUCGUCGCUAUAGAAACAGUCCAUCAGUGUGUAGUGAUGCUGACAUCGGCUAUGACACACCUGAGGACCGAGGACAAAGGGAGGAGGUGGAGGCGGGUGGAGCUGCUGAGGAGAAACCCAGAGCUGUGGCAGAUGACACAAAGCCUCCUGCAGAAGCCCCGCCCCCCUCCAGACUGUGUCUCACCUACAAAGUGAUGAAGUCUCUGGAUGGAGAGGUUUACAGAAACCUGGAGUUUGACGUGUGGCAGGACACCUGCAAAGAGAUGCAGAAGACGGACUACAUGGUGUUCGCAGGGAGACAGUACUUCCUGGGAGACAAGUGUCAGGUGCGUCUGGAGCCAAAGGGGAAGUACUACAAUGCCUUCAUCCAGGAAGUAGGAACACACUCAUCAGCCGUCACUGUCUUCAUCGAGGAGCUGGGAGAGAAACACCUGGUUCCUCUGACGGAUCUGAAACCAGUGAAUCCAGUUCCUGCCUGGAACGUUGCUGCUCCCAUUAGAAAAGGAGAUCUGGACUCAGACUCUCGUGGUCAGCGCCAUCACCGUCAUCGUUACUUCAGGAAGUCUCGGGGUAGCAGUGGGUUGAAGGGGGCGGAGCUGCUGUUGCCACCGCCCUCUUCAUACGGAGGGCCCGCCCCCUCCACUCUGCCCCCUCGCUUCCAGCCGGCAGGGCAUCCCCGCCCACCCCCUCCUCCAUCACCUGGAACAAUGACCUAUGACCCCUAUGCCCCCCCACACCACCAUCCCCAUACAGCUAGACCUCCUCGCUACGGAGCGUCCAGAAGCUCAACCCGUUUCCUGAACCGUCACCUGAUUGGUCCGCAGCUGACCUAUUAUCACCCUGGCAGAAGAUAUUACCACGACUACGAAAAUUACACCUUCAGGUCUCGGCGGAGCCGCCGUCAGCUGGUCGCAGCUCUCAACAAAGAAUGUCAGUUUGGUUUCCUGCCGGAGACGGUGGAGGAGCCGGCCGAUCUGGACGCAGCGAUCGCAUACUACCAGCUGGACGACGCCAGUGACACAGUCUUCCCGCCACUGCCGGGUCCAGCUGUGGCUCCUCCCCCCAACAUGGGUGCCCCUCCCCCUGGCACCUCCUACAGAGUUCAGAGAGGGUCGGGGCCCCUCCCCCCUGCACCUCCACCUGGAAACACCCCGGUCUGCUCAUCAGAGGAGGACCAGGAGGACACAAGCACUGUGGAGGACCAGGGUGAGUACACAGAGGAAUACAUCUACAGCGCUCAGGAUCAGAGCUACCAGACCUCCGGUGUUUACACUGCCACUGAGCCCCCCCCCAACCAGGAUGAGCAGGAAGGAGGACCUGCUGACUCUCCACCAAGAACAGACCUGAACUACAACUACACACAGCAGGUAGUGAAGCCAUUAGCUGUCAUCUGCUCUUCACCGUCCUCUUCCUCCUCCUCACCCUCCUCUCCAUCAUCACAUGUACCUGCAGCUGCUCACCUGCCGCCAACUGCACACACACAGCCACGCUCAGCGGCCAUGACGGUUUCAGCUUCUUCUCCCUGGUUGGUUAACGAGCUGGGUGAGCCUCUCUGCACCAUGGUGGCUCCUCCCCCUUACUCCUACGACCCUAACGGCAGCGACUUUCCCCGAGACUGCAGAGUCCUCCAGUAUUACUUCAACUUAGGAGUCCAGUGGUACCAUCAGAGCUGUUGGCAGCAGCAGCAGCAGACGUACGCCCCCACCUCACCAGAGGCCUCCUACACCUACCAGCACUACCCCCCCUACCUGAGCCAGGAGCCCCUGCACGCUGCCCCUCAGUCCUACCCUGAGGCAGGUCGUGGCCCCCAUCAGCCCCCUUCAAACUACCCAGAAUCCACCAGGGCAGGAGAUGGACAGACAGACGGACACAGCAGUGGCCCCACCCCAUCUAUGGAAGGAUCCUCCCCCUCCUCCAUUAGCUCCGCCCCUCUAGGUUCCACCCCCUGCCCUGCUCUCCUGUACCCGGAUCAGACGCCUCUCCCCCCUCCCCCGAUGCUUCACUUGCCAUAUGAAGCUCCGCCCCCGGCCACCUACCUACCCUCCGCUCCUCACCCUGCUCAUCCUCACCCUGCUCACCUCCCCCAUCACUCCUCCUUCCACUGCCUCCCCCCGACUGCCCACUGGGGGACGCUCCAGACCGGAAGCCACGCCCCGCGAGUUUACUGCUCCGCCCCUAACCCCACCCAUGUCGUUGGUUACAUUACAGCCCCGCCCCCCCACCACACAGCCACACACUACAUCCCCCCCACCAUCUAA